GCCUGUUAAACAGACUGCCAAUCUGGCUGAAGCCAGUGCUUCUGAAGAGGAUAAAAUAAAAGCUAUGAUGAUCCAGUCCUGCCAUGAAUAUGAUCCAAUCAAUUACAUGAAGAAACCCUUGGGUCCACCUCCAUCAUCAUAUACUUGCCAUCGUUGCAGAAAACCUGGCCACUAUAUAAAGAACUGCCCAACAAAUGGGGACGAAAGUUUUGGGUCUGUUCCCAGAAUGAAAAAGAGCACAGGAAUUCCAAGGAGUUUCUUGGUGGAGGUGAAAGAUCCCAAUACGAAGGGUGUUAUGCUGACAAAAACUGGAAAAUACGCAAUACCGUGUCUUAAUGUGGAAGCUUAUACUAGAAGAAAGAAGGAAAAGCCUCCCUUUUUACCAGAGGAGCCAUCCUCUUCCUCCUCAGAUGAUCCUAUUCCAGAUGAGAUUUUAUGUCUCAUUUGUAAGGAGAUAAUGACUGAUGCAGCUAUUAUUCCCUGCUGUGGAAACAGUUAUUGUGAUGAAUGUAUUAGAACAGCCUUACUGGAAUCUGAGGAACAUAGAUGCCCAAAGUGUCAUCAGACAGGUGUUUCGCCUGAUGCUUUAGUGGCCAACAAGUGCCUGCGCCGGGCUGUGAGCAACUUCAAAAAUAGAGCUGGUUACAGAAAAAGGCACCGUCAGCAGAUUUGGCACCAACAGCAGCAGCAGCUGCCACUGCCGCCACCACCACUCGUGAUUCUUACACCUCCUGCUGCUCUGGUGACUGCUGCUGAACCUUCUACAUAUUUGUCUCUGUCAAUCAGCAGUUUGUUGGAAGAGAAGGGCUGUCAGAUUCCUGUACUAAGACAACCAGCAUUACCAAGUCAUCUGGGCCCCCAAGGACAAUCAACACUUACCACUGGUCAUCCAGCGAGAGCCAGUACAAUUUGCUCAGCAGGUGGCAGACCAGGCUGGGAACUAGGUCCAAAUCGAGGACGCCUGCCCAGUGAAUGUACCCAAAGGACUCAGGCCCCAGCACUACCAGAACCAACACCAGUCUUUGUGCCUGUGCCUCCAGCUCCCUCGUAUCCUCCAGCACGCCAUGCACUUCCUCUUCCACUGGGGGUACCACCACCACCGUUUCCUCCUCAGUUUCCACGUGGUCAGCCUCCAUCUGCUGGGUGCACUGUCCCCCCUCCAGGAUAUCCCCCAGCUCCUGCAAACACGUCAUCAGCUUGUGUUCCAAGAGCAGUACCCAUGUCUCAUUCAAUUACCAUCCCAAGGACACAAGCAUCUCCUUUCUCUAGGGAGGAGUUUUACAGAGAACAACGGAGUCUUAAGGAGGAGUAA